UGCAGCCAGGCUGACAUGGCUAACAGCUCGCAGUGCCUGGAGGAGGGCGCCGGGCGCUGGCCGCCGGAGCCGCCCGGGCCCUACAGCGAGGCGCAUCGGCUGGCGCUGGAGGCGCUGGUGGCGGGCGGCGCCGAGGCGCUGCGAGCCUUCCUGCGGCGGGAGCAGCUGCCGCCCUUCCUCUCGGAGCCCGAGGUGCAGGCCAUCGCCCGGGGCGCGCUGCCGCCCGCCGCCGGCCCGGAGCCAGAGACCUCGCUCGGCGCUUCCCUCGACGCCUCCUCGCUCACCUACUUCCCCGAGCUGUCGGACCUGGAGCCGCCGGCGCUGGAGCUGGGCUGGCCGGGCUUCGCCAGCGGCGCCUUCCGCGGGCUGACGCGGGUGGAGGCGCAUUUCCAGCCGGCCUACGGGGCCAGCGAUUGCGGCUGCAAGGAGGCGGUGCGGCGGCAGAUCCGCUCCGCCCGGCAGGUGAUUGCCCUGGUGAUGGAUUCCUUCACAGAUAUUGAUAUCUUUGGUGACCUUUGGGAUGCCUGCAGCAAUCGCAAGGUCCCUGUCUAUAUUCUCCUGGACCAGGAGUUUUUACCCUAUUUCUUGGAAAUGUGUAAGAAUCUGGGAGUUUGUCCUGAGCAGGAAGAUCUGAUGAGAGUUCGGGCUCUCACAGGGAACACCUUCUGCUUGAGGUCAGGUGCCAAAAUUGUUGGGAAAGUCCAUGAGAAGUUCAUGUUAGUAGAUUGCAUCAGGGUGACAACAGGCUCUUACAGUUUCACGUGGUCUGAUGGGAAGCUGAACAACAGUAGUUUGCUGGUGCUGUCGGGUCAAGUGGUGGAACACUUUGACCUCCAGUUCAGGAUUCUUUAUGCCCAGUCAAUCCCCAUCAGCUCUAGAAACAGAGGGAUGUUUGGUCACCUGGUGAACAGGAGAGAGUCCCACAAAGAAUAUACUGUAGAUGGCAACUUGAGAGCAGAAUUUGCCAAGUUGUCUAGUACUCCAAAGAAACUGUUGAAAGAAACAGAUCAUGCUGUAGGUAGUCCUGGAAGGCAACCUUGUAACCCGGGGCAGUAUUGCAUUCUUGAAGAGGAGUGGUUCAGCAAUGGAGAAGCCAUAGUGAAGUGGAGAAGUGUAUCAACCCAAACGGGGCGAAGAGAAGAGAAGCCUGUAGUGAGGGCAUGUAAUACUGCCACGCAGACCAACACUAUGACGGAAGAGACUGGCAUUCAGGCAUCAGUCACUGCCAGAACUACAGGCACUCAGACUUCAGUUCUGCUGAAAACUGCAGUGACACAGACACAGGAAGAUAAGUACACAGAAACUCCUCUACUUCACAGAAAGUUGUACACAGAGGCUCUCCUGCCUCAGAGGAAGCUGUCAAAAGAAGAAUCUUCUCUGGCUGGGAAGGCUGUAUCAAGUUCCAGUCUGCGAUCGCAGUCUUCGUUGUCAUCCCAGCGCUCUCUGGCAAGCUCUGCUGGCUCGAUCUCUUCUCUCCGCUCCUUCGACUAUCCCACCAGCCACAGGGCAGGGCACUUCCAAAAGCUCCAUAAAGAGAGGCAAUUCCACUACUCCACUAUCCGGUCAAAGCUCAGCCACAUGGUGGAUAUCCUGUCCCGCAGGGGACGUGUGCCUGAAAGCUACAUGACCCGCUACCCGGGGACCUGCAGUCUGAAGCAGAGACGUGACAUCAGCGCCAGCCUGCGCAGCCUCCGCGACGUUUCCCUCUUUUCUCUGAACAAAUGAUCACUGCUCUGAGUGCAGAACAGACGAGCUCCAGUCUGGGGUGGCUUGGUACCUGUUGAUUCUUCCACUUCCUCCAGCACUUUGACUUCUUAAAUACAUGUGUACCUUGCUCCCUAUCACUUUGUUUAUAGAUUAUGCAUGUGAACCAAUAAAAAAAGAAGGGGGGGGGUAUUUAUACUGUACUGCAUGUUUCUCUUGUGUGUAGUAGUGGUCAAGUUUUAAUUCUGGAUGUUUAACCUGAAAAGUCAAUUUAGUGGUGGGUUUGUGUGUGUUGCCUCUUAGUUUGUGCCUGUUGCCUCUUAUUACGACUUCUAAUCUUCACACUUUAAAAUGAGCUUCCACUUCUGGCUCAGUCUCUGAGUGUCAGAAUCAUCUUUUCUCUGUUAAGAGACCUGUCAACAGCUUCCUUCCUUGGAGUGAACUUGGAGGCCAGUCAAUGCAGGCACAUGACAGCUCCUGUCCAGAAGUAAACUGACAUGCACUAAAAAAUGUUUUAGGUUAUGUUCGGUAACAUUAUUGAACAAGUGAACCCCCCCCAUUUUUCUCCUUAAAAGUGCCCUACCUGAAAUAUUUGUUCCUGUUCUGUUUAUGCACUGCUAAGUUGGUCUGAGGAGUGAAAGAGCCACUUGUGCUUUUGGCAACUACUUGAUAAUUAAAAACCUUGCUGGUUAAGUUGCUUUGCAGAGGUGUUCCUGAAUGGUUUGGGGGGGUUUUAGCACUGUUGUGUAUCUGAGCUUGCGAAAUCACCUUUCAGAGCUGUGUAUGGCCGCCCUCUUGGAUCUCUGACCUGCUGUUUUUCAGAUCUGUGUCCUUUUGCUGACUGGCUGGACUGCAUUCUGCCGAAUGAAAGCAGUUUGGGUACCUUUUUUUUACGGUCCAUGCAUCCAGUAGAUGGCACAUUUCAGCUGCUGGCCCGAGAUGGUCCUGUGAACAGCAAUAAAUGAAUGGAUGAACAGGAAACUCCCCAAAGCUCAACCAGGCUGAAACUUAAGUGCAGGCAGCAACACUUCAUUCUGCUAGCUUUGGCAUUCCUAUCUCAGAAUUAAUAGUUGAACUUCGAUGAUCUUGCAGGCUUUUUCUUCCCGGGGCGGGGGGUUCUGUGAGAUGUGCAAGGAGGCUUAAAUGCUUUCACAGCUUGGAUUUCUAAGUAGCCACUCCCUAAAGCUGUAAAGCAGCUCUACAGAGAGAUGCAAGCGCGGAAAAGUUCUGCCUGAGCUUGUUCUUCUGAGCUUUUGUCUGUUUCCUGGACUUUGAACGCUGUGAGUGAAGCAAGUUACGGGCUUGGAGUUGGGAUACUCCUUUGUAGCCAGUUGUGAGUUAUACUUUGAGCAGCUCACAUUCAGCAGGACUUGAAUAUGUAAGACUGACUUGUUUGUUCUAUAUGCUUCUUUCAUUACACUGCAGCUGUUGUAUUCACAGGAACAUGCAACAGUUUACAAAUAAACUCAUUUUGCCA